AUGCAUCGUCUCUCCGCACUUCUCCUGGCCCUGGGGUCUCUGAGCCUCGCCGACACCACCGCCGAUAAUUUCAACCCGCUGCACCAUCUGGCCGGUAUCUCGCCCUAUUUCUCACCCAACGACCCUGCUCUGGAUGCCUCCCCGCCCCAGGGCUGCAAUGUCACACGUGCAGCAUACCUCGUCCGUCAUGCGGCCAUCUACGCCAACGACUUCGACUACGAAUCGUACAUCGAGCCCUUUGUGGAGAAGCUGCGCAAUACGACCCAGGACUGGUCCAAGGCCGGUAGCCUGUCGUUUUUGGGGAUGUGGAACGCGCCCAUCACCGACGCGCACAUCGAGAAGAUCACCCGUGUCGGUCUGCAGGAGGCGAUGAUGCUGGGAAUCGAUAUCCACGACAAGUAUCCGGACUUCAAAACCCCGGACCAGAUCUGGUCGUCCACCGCGGAGAGAACGGUCAAGACUGCGCAGGAGUUCAUCGUCGGUUUCACGGGCGACCAGCCCAAGCAGAUCAAUCUCACCGAGGUCGGAGAGUACAAGAAGACUGGGGCCGACUCCUUGACGCCCUAUAAGAGCUGUCCGGCGUAUAGCUCCAGCUAUGGCUCCGACCAGUCCAAGGAAUUCGUCUCGCGCUACACCAAGCCCAUCAUCGCCCGGCUGCAAGCCCAGGCGCCCUCCUUCAACUUCACCGCCGACGACAUCGUCAGCAUGUUCGAGCUCUGCGGCUACGAGACCGUCAUCCGCGGCUCCUCGCCCUUCUGCUCGCUGGACCUCUUCACCGCCAACGAAUGGCUCGCUUUCGAAUACGGCAACGACAUCAUGUACUUCCACAACACCGGCUACGGCCGCGAGCUAUCCCCACGCCUCGGUUUCCCUUGGGUCAACGCCACGCAGCAGAUCCUCGCCGACGACACCGUUGCGCAGGACCUCUACGUCUCCUUCACGCACCGCGAGCUCCCACCCACCGUGCUGACCGCGCUCGGCCUCUUCAACAACAGCGCCUUCACGGGCGCCUACGACGUCAACGCCACCAUGCCCACGGACACAAUCAACUACGGGCGCGCGUGGCGCAGCAGCCAGAUCCUGCCGUUCCUCACCAACAUCGCCAUCGAGAAGAUGGCGUGCGACAGCCUCGGCUAUGACGAGGGGAACUACUACCGCGUGCUGCUGAACGAGGAUCCGCAGCCGCUGGUCGGGUGCCGCGACGGGCCGGGCGAGACGUGCUCCGAGCGCGCGUUUGCCGACUUUGUGCGCCAGCGCGGAGCGAUGUAUGGGGAUUUCAGCACGGCGUGCGGGGUGGAUUACGAGAACUCGACAGACGUACUCUCGAUCUACCAGUCAUGA